CCCUGCCUUCCAAGCCAGAAGUCAUUUUAUCCCGAGCAAAGCCUGCCAGCGAUGGCAAGAUGGGCAGGAGCGAUUCUGCUAAAAAGCAGUUUCCCGAGCUGGAAGACUUUCUCAUGAAGAGAGAUUACAGUGGAGCUAUCACAAUGCUCGAGUUUCUAGCGCAUGAAGGCAAUACAGAAGUGUGGGUGCCGGUGUGGAUCGCGUGGUGCCGGUUCCACCUGGGCGAGUACCGGCGCGCGUUGGACAAGUACUUGGAGAUACGGGACAGAGAGAAUCUGGACUCGCGUGUUGCUGAUAAUAUUGUGUUGGACAUCGCUGUUUGCUACUUUUACUUGGGUAUGUAUAAAGAGUCACAAGAAACUGUAAAAGAGGCGCCGAAAUGUGCUUUGAAGAACCGCCUUGAAUUCCACUUGGCUCACAAACUAGGGGACGAGGAGGCUCUCAUGCGCGCACACGCCACGCUACGUGAUGUUCCUGAAGACCAGCUUAGCUUGGCCUCUGUUCACUACCUAAGAGCACACUACCAGGAGGCUAUCGAUGUUUAUAAGAAACUACUUUUGGAUCGACGCAAUUACAUGGCGUUAAAUGUUUACGUGGCGCUAUGCUACUACAAGUUGGACUACUACGACGUCUCUCAAGAGGUUCUAGGAGUGUAUCUAACGCAGCAUCCCACUUCCACUAUUGCAUCUAACCUCAAAGCUUGCAACUUGUUCAGAUUAUACAAUGGAAAGUCCGCUGAAGCAGAGCUGAAACAAAUAUCAUCAGAUCAGCACACGUUUGGGCAAGAUCUUGUCAAACACAAUUUAGUUGUAUUUAGGAACGGAGAAGGAGCACUUAAGACACUCCCCGAGCUGGUGGACGUGGUGCCCGAAGCGCGGCUGAACCUGGCGGGCUACCGGCUGCGGCACCGCGAGCCGCUGGAGGCGCGCGCGCUGCUCGAGCCGCUGCAGCCCUCCUCGCCGCUGCACUACAUACUGCGCGGCGUGGUUGCCGUGCGGCUGUACAAUGAGACUGGCGAUGAGGAGCAAAUGAAGUUAGCGCAACAAAGUUUCCACAUAGUAGGAAGCUCGGUGUCUGAGUGCGACACGAUUCCGGGCCGCCAGUGCAUGGCCUCCUCCUACUUCCUUGCGGGACAGUUUGAAGAGGUGCUGGUGUAUCUCAACUCCAUCAAGAGCUUCUUUGUCAAUGAUGAUACUUUCAACUUUAACUAUGCUCAGGCAAAAGUGGGAACGGGAUUUUAUCGCGAAGCAGAAGAAUGUUUGCUCCAAAUACAGGACGAGAACAUUCGCAGCUCGUUCACGUACCUCGCCUGCCUUUGUCGGUGUCACGUUAUGAAUAAGGAGGCACACCUGGCUUGGGAAAUUUGUGUAAAGUCGGCAGGAACACCGGACAGUUUCGCUUUGUUACAACUGGUAGCGAAUGACAGUUAUAGAAUGGGACAGUUUCUCGUUGCUGCUAAAGCAUUCCACAUGCUCGACAGAUUGGACGGUGGUCCCGAAAUGUGGGAGGGGUUGCGCGGCGCGGUGUGCGGGUGCGCGCAGGCCGCGGCCGCCGACCGCACCAACGCGGCCUCGGACCUGCGUGACGCGCUCGCUCUGUUGCGUGGCCCGCGAGCUCACCCGCGCGCCGACCAUAUUGUGAGACCCAUUGCUAAGUGGGCACAGAUGAAUCGGAUUGCUGUUUAAUGUGUCAAUGAUAAUUAGGUGAAACGAGAGAAGGGAGAAGGUGUAGGACUCGAGGAGAAUUAGCGUAGAAAAGGCUUUUAACCAGCUAUGGUAUUUGGUAACAACUGACAACCAAUGAAAAUAGGGUGUAAAAAGUAAGAGCUAGCCAUCAAUUCUAUGGGAAGUUGCGUCGCUACUUGUCCAUAGAGUUGAUGUUGAUACAAAAAAGUUGCGGAGACAAAAGUUGCUCUUGCGCGCUAGCUCUAAAAAGACGGAAAACAGUAAAGAGAAGAAAUAAAGUAGUAGUGUGUUGUGUUAAUGUAAUUCCACAAUUAUAUUAUUGUAUAAUGUAUAAUUAUUUUGGAGUAUCAUG